ACUUAACAGUUGAAACCACAUGUUCAUGUUCCCCUGUUCUCCAAUCUUCAAUCUUCACACAUUUUUCAGCACAGGCUCAUGGAUGAUCAUGAUCACCCCAACUGCAUUCUUGAUUGGCCAUAUUUGUCCAGAGAAAAGAGUAUAGAAGAACUGACAGAGUCACUUUGGUUAACUACAAUAGAGCUUGAAGCAACAAGGGUAAGAGUCCAAGAAGAGAUCAAAGCAAGAGAUGAUCAGUUAAACCAACUUAAACAUCUUCUCAACGAAGCGAUUAACGAAAGGAACGAAGCGCGAAACGAAUGCCAAAACCUCAUCCUUGACAAAUUGCUUCUCCAACAACAUAAUAAUAAUAAUAUUACCACAGCUCUGCCACAGUCUGGUCUCUCAAGCGUUGAAGAUGAACCCAUCGUAAAUUGCGGGUUUUCUUCAUCCGAUUGCGAAGAAAGCAUCGUCUCUUCGCCACCUGUUGAAACCGCAAUUCAAUUGGUUUUGCCCCCCAAAGGGUUGCCUGAACAGGGGAAGUUUUUAGAAGCUGUGAUGAAAGCAGGGCCGUUGUUACAGAACCUCCUCCUGGCUGGACCGCUGCCGCAUUGGCGCCACCCGCCUCCUCAGCUUGAUGCCUACCGGAUUCCAUCGCCCCCAUUGGCGAUCGCGACUCAACCGCUUUACUAUACCAACAAUGCUUUUGAGGUUAACAAGAAAAGGGGAUUUUCUGAGGACUCUCUUUCUUCCACAGAGACUAAGUACCAAAGAAUUUCCCUUAAUUGACUCCAAUUAUUGCAUUCUUCUUAACAAUAAUCAAAUUGUUAUAAUAGUUGAAUUUACGUAUUUUUUUUUACGGGUUGUGCUAAACAUACUCCUGUUCCUUUUAGUGAAUGUAAUCCCUUGUGAAAUCAGUCGUUAUACGGGCAGUAUACAAGGACAACUGUAUUAAAAGGCGACGCUCGUAUGCUACAACUUAUAGUCAUAUAGAAGUGCGGCGUUCGUAUGCUAUAUUUUAUAUGCGUAGUAUAGGCGUUUUAAGAAAAAAAUUUAAAUCAGUUAAAGCUAA